CAGAGGUCAUUCGGAGUAACACUUCUUUUAAAUUUAUUCGUACAGACUGUUUUGUGGUUGGUUUUAUUUUCUUAAGGUAUAUUUUUUCUUGUGGGGAUAAAAUUGCUGCACUUUUGUCCAGUUAUAGUGUAAAAAAUAAUUCUCAGCUGCAAUUCAUGUUUGUAAUAUCUCACCAUAGUCUGUUGGCAACAGUAACUUGUACGAAUCAAAUCGUCUCUUCAAUAAUUAGUAACAUCAUCAUUCUUCAGUGGGUGUGUUUUAUCAUGCUGAGGCAUAUAAGUCGUAAUCAUACGAGGAGGUCGUUAGUACCUGGGUUUUGACUUAGGUACUUACUGUUGGUACUUAAUGUAAGGUCUCAUUCACAUGGAUACUAGAGGAAUGUGAUAAACACUUCGUGUUCAUAAGUAGCUAGAUUAAUUACUACUGUUUAAAGGAGAGAAUACUGUUACGUGUGGUGACUGUACACGUGAUUUAUGUCAGCUUGUAUUUUCUGUUAUGCUUGCCUUUCUCACUAUAGAAUUGUGAAAUGUGUCCUGUGUUAAUUGCUGCAUUCAACGUAUUGUGCAAAUUUGGUUUCUAGUUUUACGAGUUAUUUAAAACAGGAGAUUUUAGUGAGGUUUGAAGGGCCCAUUUCAUUCUGAAAUGAAGCAGCAAAUCCUAGUGGUAUAACUCCGGUGAUGUUUGUGAAUAAUCCUGAUGAAGUACUGUUUAGAUUAGUUAAGGUACUAAUUAGUAUAAGGGGACCCGAGGUAGCUCUCCAGACUAGUUUGAUCAGUCAAACCGACUUACCAAAGAGGGGAAACAUCUUCGUUUUGAUAGCUACAGGACGAUCAGCUUGAUUAACAUAGUAUUUUAGAUACUACGGCUUCUAAUACGAAGAUCAAGCGGAGUUCAGGAAAAACAAUCCGAGAAAGCCAGGCAAGUUUUAGUCCUGAAGAGAGGUGUAUGGAUGAAAUCUUCACCCUUCGACAAAUUUCGAAACAGAUAAAUACCAGCAACAGCCAUUUGCCAUAUUAGCAUAGGCGUUCGAGUCCUUAUUUACAGAGGUUUGGGCAGCCAGGCAAUAUCGCUAACCCUCACACACAAUAGAUGUGGCUCAUUUUCAACUGUUUAGAAUUGCAAGUGGUUGGUUCAUUUCCAUAUAUCUUGAUCUAAAGAUGACAUUCGACUCAGUUGGUCAAAAGAGGGUGUUGAUGUCUGUCCAUGAGGAUAGCGCCGAGAAAUAUUUUGCUAACCAAGACACUACAUCCACUCAUAGUUAUAUGAAAACUUAUGGAAAGCUGUUGUCUGAAAUGAUAACCAGUGGUAUCCAUAAGGGAUUCCCAGUAUAGCCACUGUUCACGUGAUUCUAGUCAACUUCGAUGUUUGAGGGAUUGACUCAUUGGCAGGGAAAGGUCAUCGAUAUAGAGUACGUAGAUGGUGUUCUCCUGUUUGGUGAUGCUUAAAAAGCUCAGUCUUCUCAACAGUUUAAAUGCAGAUCUGAGUGUAUUUAGCGUGUAAUCUACCUUUGUCAAAUGCAGGAUAGUUAAACAGUAUUCCUUUUCAUGAACCCUAAUUUGUAUAUGUCAAAUUUUGUGGUUGAGUGAAGCUUUUUGUUUGUUAACAUCUGAAGCAAGACGGCGACUGUUACCAGUUUCACUUAUUUAGUGUUGCAGGUGUGUGUUUGGCUAGUGGCAUAGUGGUUAGGACUCUCGCCGACCAUGCACAUGGUCCGAGGUUCGAUCCCCUGCCGACGCACACCCGAUAUCUAUGGUUGGCCUGUAACAUUUGGGCCACCGAUAUCCGUGCUGAAAAUGCCAUACUUGUACUGAAAAUACGGUGUGGCACCAAGCCGUAACCAAAAUAAAAAAAAUAAAAAAUAAAAUAAAAAAUCAACUUGCUGCAGUGCAGAGGUCUUAUUCAGUAUCUAGAGGAUAUAGUCCUUUUACUUAAUAACUAGCAAGAUAUAAAGCCUUUCGAACGUCCUGAUUAUUUUGAGCCUACAGUUCAUCUUUGUCAAAGAUAAGAUGGUGCUAUGUGAUUCGCCUGCAUCAACUAUUAGUUUAACGGUAGGGAGUGAGGUGAUUAUAUUUAGUCACUUCACUUUUCUAGUAACCUGGAUUGGUCCUGAUGAAUUGGUUGCUGGCGAAAUCUCAACAUCUUUACCGAAACCACCUUUGGCAUUUACCAACUUGCGGUGUCUUCGGAGCAGGUAUAGCGAUUCAGUACCCUUCUUUACGAUUGAGAUGGCCCCUAAAAUCAGAAGCCCCUCAUUAUAGUUGUUCGAAUCCUGCUCCACCUACAAAGUUUGGGUAGCCAGGCAGUAUUACUACCCCUCAAAAUAUGUUUGCCUCAUUGCCAACUCCAUGGAAAUACAAGUGGUUGUUGAGUAACAUUUCACUUCAUUGGGUAAGAAAAGUAGGACCGUUACUGAAAUUAUAGAGCUACAUUGACUGAGAUGUUUAGUAUCCACCUUCCGUGAUACUUCACUUCAGCUGAGGUAGAAUUUGUUUAGAAGAGGCUUAGGAGUGAGCAUGCCAAAAUGUAACAUCAAUCCAUGAAUUGAUUAACUGUCGAUCUGAGAUACGGAAAUGGAUAUGGGUCUCUUGGUUGGGAUUGUCAGGAUGCUAAGAAUCAAUGGUUGGAGACUCGGUGACAUGGCUUGAAGUUGUUGACAGUGAUGAAGACUUAUCUACACCUUGCCUUCCGUUAGGUCCUGGAAAACUUUACUAACCUUUAAAUAAUUAUCCUACAUUGCUUCAUCAGUCUCACUGACUGCAUAAUGAUUCAUGAUUCUAACUAGUAGACCGGGAUGAUGUAGAUGGGCCUUGUUCCAAACCCUUGACCCAUCAACCGGAAUUCAAAUGUGAAAGCCAAUGAACUACGUCUUUAAAUCCCUACUUAAUGCAUAAAAAGCGAUUGACGUUUGUUCAUUGUAGUAACAUUGCGUUCCUAUUGUAUGCUUUUCGACGUGCUGCAACUUAAGCGGUCGCAUUUUUCUUUGUCAGUCCGUUAGUUAUUCAGUCAGUUAUACUCCAACUUGGUUAAGUCUGGAUGUGUAAAACUCCUCCACUGUUUCUUAAAAUGGUUGCAAAUAUACGCUAAUAAUUUCAGAUAUAGACAAAGACUUAUUCUGUGCUGAGUUUCUUGUGAUAUACCAUUCAUCAUAUUCAGUUCAUAUUUGAAUAAUUUUGGAAAUUGGCGAUUACAUGUGUUUUUCAUUCACUGGUUGAUUUGUCAUGUAAUUCAAAUAUCCCGAUUAACAUUUUCAGUUUUGUUUUACUUAUUUCUAAUUGGUAACACCUGUAUUUGGGUUGCUUGGUCUGUAUUUCAUUCUUAGAUCCAAAGCAAUGGUUCUCUAACUGAUAUCCAUCCGUGAUCAACUCGUAAAAACAAAACUAACCCUUACAAACCAACUGUAGAAAAUUAUGUUAAAGCCUGUUGGUGUUUCUAAACGUUAGUGACUCCCUAAUAUAGGAACUCGGUUUACGAUUAGUUGCACGUCCGACAUUUGCAUUCCGUUGCGUUCCUAGUGGAACAUAGGGUUUCAAACUUGAGCUUUAACAUUUCAUUAGCGGCGGUGACUUUGUUUUAUGGGUUAGGGUUGCUAGCUUCACUCCUAACCUUCCCUUUUUACCGGAUUUACUACCAGCUAAGCGACGUUUAGGAGUAUGUCGACCGGAAGUCAAACCCGGACCACAAGUGUGAUUAACGAGACCUCUACCACUGAACCACCGACGAAGGUAUAAUCUAAUGUAAUUAUUAAGUUGCAUUCUUUUGGAAUGUAAAUGUAGAUGCUAUUGUCCACCACAUACGGCUUAACCGUACAUAGGGAAGACUCGUACUUUGGAAUGGGUUUGCUUCACUUAGCUAGCCUGCUUGAAGUCAACUAGACUCAGUUUUCAUUUAGCCUUUGUUUAGUGUAAAGUUUCGAAAUCCUACUGACAUUUGUAUUUAUAGUUCAUUGUGUUGCUUUUACAGUAGGCAAAAUAUGAAGAUAUAUUAGCAGCGGUGUCAAUAUGGUUGAGAUAACUUAAUUCUCAUAUCAUGAAUAUGGUUUUUUAGUUGUUAGAUGCACUUGUGCAACUGAUAUCACUUCUUAUUGAUUAGGACUUUUUGGAUUCCCUGUUUGUUUUUACUGAACCGUAAAGCUCGGUCUCUGCUAGGAUAAGAUCAAGUUUACGUCAAGGCAUCAUUGAAACACCUUUAGUAAGCUCUGGUGUACCAACAGAAACUGGGUAAUUCGGUCCACUGAAAUCACAAGACAAAAUUAAAGUUUCAUUGAAUAUCUCUCCUUAUGCCAGUCAGAAACAAAUGAAAUAUUUGUAUUUUCCAUCGCUCUCACCGAUUAUUCCUCGCAGAGUUUAGCAAGAAGCUUUGUGUGCAAAGAUAAAUGCACCCUUCAAAUAUGUUUCCUACUGAAUGGAUUGUCUCAAUCUUCUACUUUUAGCUGUUUUAUUCAGUUUGUUCAUUAAUGCCUACAAGACCCAAUAGUUUCAUGUUCAGCGCGCAUGUCUCUUAAUCCUGAUCAGUCGAGUGUUCCUGAUGGCCUCUUUGGGGAUCAAGUUCAAAUAGAAUCGACCCAUGAAGUUUCACAUAACAGUGGUCGUGGAAAUUUGGGCACACUGGGGAUGGCUGCUGGAGUGCCACCUUACGGGACAAAUAAUCCGUCUGCCAUGUCUGCUGCAGCGGCUGCUGCUCUUCUAAUACAAGCGGCGACUGGUGGUUCUGCUAAUGAAUCACCCAAUCAUGUUACACUUUCUGGUAGACGUUGUUCAACAUCAAGCCUUUUAGAAUCACCUCAGCCAUCGCCUUUAUCUUCAUCUGUGAUUUCGGCAGCUGCACAACAAGCUGCUUUGGUUGCGGCACAGGCUAUCGCCAGUCCACGUUCACCGUCAGUUAAUUCCAGCGCAUCUAAUUUUCAAGCAGCAGUGUUAUCUUUGGCUUUAGCUGCUUCAUCUACUUGCACUACAAUAAGCAAUUCAUCUGGUUCUGAAUUUCGUGAAUGUCAACGUUCGUUACUCGGGAAUUCUGCUGUUAAUGAUCUUAUUUCCCUUUCUGAACAGCAUCCAAAGCUAUUAACUGCUCACUCUACAUUAGCAUCUGUGUUUCGAAGACGUUCUUCAACGCUUGCUCCUCCAUGUUUUACUAAUGUACUUAAUCCGGCGUGUAUUGAUGUGACACCUAGACAUGAAUUGAAAAAUGUUUCUAGUGAAGAACCACAGUUGUUGUCUUUUUUGCCGUCAAACUUGACGUCUCUUGACCUUGGAGGUUCCCAGCUUCUCAAUAGUCAGCAUUUGGUUCUUCCUGAGUAUCCUGAGGAUAUAGCAUCUCAGACACAAGGCUUUCCUUUAAUGCGCCAGUCAUCCAUCCCCACUUCGUUUCUGUGCGACAGUUUUCGUUGUGUUGAUCAACAGAAUCGUUCAAGUGAAUCUUACUUGAUGGACAUGAACUCAGAAGGUUCAACUAAAAUUACACGUCAUUAUUUAUCAACUCUAGAUCCUGAUGAAAAUGCAGAUCAUUCUCGCAAUCCUACUAGUGUUUCCCACGGAAGUUAUGACGAUGCAAACUUUCAGUCGUUUUAUAAAACGUCACCUAAAUACGAUUCACACUUAGCACAUCCUUCGAGUGUUCAGUCAUCCUUCGAUCGGAAUUCCAAUAAAUGCAAUCCAAGAUAUUUUUCUCCAACGCCAACAUCAGUUUCAAGCGAACUUGCUUUAGCUAAUUGUCCCCCAACCUCACCAUUAAGUUGCUCUUCACUAUCAAAUUCCGCAACUCCACAACUAAAUAUCUCUCCAGUCAAUGUUGAGUGUAGAGUUAAAAACCCACCAAUGGAUGACGGGAGUGGUGCUACCUCCAGAUCAUCUGUUUCCUGCAGGUCACUACGAACUAACUGUGGCACAGAAUGCGAUUUUAAAACUGAUGAACCGAAUCGCAAACGAGAACAACGUCUUUUGAAAAACAGAGAAGCUGCAAGGGAAUGUAGAAGAAAAAAGAAGGAAUAUGUAAAAUGUUUAGAAGCUCGAGUCAGUCUCCUCGAAAGUCAGAACCAACAAUUGAUUGAAGAACUCCAAAAAGUAAAAGCACUUUGUUUCAAAGAGUUAUGUGGUUUGGGAUUAAAUAGCUCCACAGCUGCAUGCGCUGCUGCGGUGUUGGCUGCUGUAACUUCUGUAUCUGCCAGCUAUUCUGGCGCGGAUACUGCGGAUUCUUCAGGAUUAGAUUCUACUGCUCGAUUUACUUCGGACACCGAUCGGAGCAUAUGCGAUAGAACUUCAGAAGUAAAUCAAAUUUCAUCUGAUUUUGGAGAAGAUGUACAACAGCUAAAUGAUCAUACGCGAUCUAUACGACAUCGCCGACGUUCUGUAUUUACUGCACCUAAGUUGUCACCAUAUUCAACUCAGACUACUUGGUUGAGUCCAUAUUCUUUGAAAUGUUCUGAGACGUCGCCAAAUAUAGCUUGUGGUACUACACAUGUUAGUCGGUCAUCUGUAGACGAAUUGUCGUCACAUUCAUGUCUGACAAAACCGAACGAUUCGAAACCUGAUUGUUCUCAUAGUUCUGUUUCAAUUUCAUAUACUCCUCCGGUCGAAACAGAUACUAUUAGUCCGCAUUCAAGUGAACACUUUCGACAACACUGCACUGAAUCACACCCCCUUAUAAUGGAAAGUAAGGUGGACAGCAGUCGGCUGCCUCAUCAGUCGACACAUGUUAUAUCCAGCGACUCACAAAACUGGAAAGCACCUCAGUAUCAAAAUAGCAGUAAUGCUUAUCAGCAUCCGCGAUAUGCAGCUAAAAGAGCCUAUCGAAAUGUAGUAUUUAAUUCGGCUGAUACAAGCAGGGAAUCUGAAAUAAAACCAGAAACAAUUGAUGAUAAACGACUGUGCAAACCAGGAAAUGAUGUGGAUGCUGUCACUGGUGCUGCAGUUAUAUUGGCUGCCGCAGCUGCUAUGGUUGCUGAAUCUGAAUCCUCUGCACCAGAAUCUAGACUGUCGGUUUGAGAAACAUCAAAUCCAGAUCACAUUGUAAUAUCUACCUGCGUCUUUCUCAACAAAAUAGGUUAUAAUCGGUAUAUUUAAGGUGAUUUUCUUUUCAAAAGUUGUGUAAGCAGCAAAUACCUUUUAUUGAUAUUAUAAUUUCCUAAUUUCAAAAUCAUUAAAGAGAUAAUUUGGUGUUUUUUCGGUGUACCAUGUCUUCCUUCAUAACUUUGCCUUUCUUAUUUUCUUUGCUCCUGUUUUCUACAAUGCUCUGUUAAAGUUACAGCUUUCCUAAUUGUGCGAAAUCAUUCCCCUCGUUCGUUCGAAUAAAGUCUUUGUGAAACAUUGAUAUCUUAAAAAUACAACACCACAUGUGAUUUUCAAAUCCUUUUGCACACUCUGCUUUAUCUUUAUAAUAAUUUUAAUGGCUUCAUCAUAAAACCAGAUUCUCUAAUCAUUUGUACUGUGGAAAUUUCAAUUUAAAAGUCAGACGAUGCUAAUUAUCACAUAGAUUUUAAAGUGUUCUUUGAUUGUUUUGAUCACAUUUUUCUAAAGCGCCUGUUUAUUUCAUUUACCGUCAUCAUUCUAUAUAAAUCUUAUUAUUUAUAUAUUUUUCAAGUGUAGCUUCUCAAUGUCUUUCGUAAUAUUUGUUAACUUCUUUUCUUCUUUCAAAAUUCAUAUCUUGCUUAUGGAAUGUUCAUCUAUAAAGAUGGUCAUGUAUCAGCUGUUUAUUAACCAUAGUUUAUGUGCCAUUUCCUUGCCCCGUUGUCAUAGUUCUAUCACUUCAAAUAUUAUGUGUUUUUGUCUGUCUAUAUGUACAUAUAUAUAUAUAUAUACCUAAUAUGUGUAUUUGAAUAACUUUUAACCACCGGUUCUUUUUAAUUUAAAUAACUUUUACUUUCAUUUUAUCAAAAGCGCCAUUUUCGUCAUUGCAAUUUAUUAUUUUUCUUUUCAUAUACAUUGCUUUUUUGAGU